AUGGGGAAAAAGCUGGAUGUUCUGCUGAGGAGAAGUUUCAAGACCUCAAAAUUCAAGGCCACGGUGGCUAUGGCUGUUUCCCGGCUGGCCGUGCUCCGAAACCAGCGCCACGCCCGGUGCUCGAUUGCCCGGUCCGACGUCGUCGAGUUUCUCAAGAAUAACAGCCAUGAAAGAGCUCUUCUCAGGGUUGAGCAGGUGAUCAAGGAGCAGAACAUGUUGGAUGUAUUUGUUUUGGUGGAGGGCUAUUGCCAUCUGUUGGUAGAAAGGGUCCACCUUUUUGAACAACAAAAAGUUUGCCCUGAAGAAUUGAAAGAAGCUGUGUCAACUCUAAUCUAUGUUGCCUCGAGAUGUGGGGAGUUUCCGGAACUUCAACAGAUUCGCUCGAUUUUCGCCUCACAUUUCGGGAGGGAUUUUGCUGCUAGGGCCGUCGAGCUACGCAAUAACUGUGGGGUGAAUCCUAAGAUUAUACAAAAGCUGUCGACUAGGAUGCCAAGCUUGGAGAGCAAAAUGAAGGUUCUCAAAGAGAUUGCUUCGGAAAACAACAUUGAUCUACCAAUCGAGGAGACUGCAGUUGAAGAAUAUAAGGAGGAGUCUUACGAAAAGACACGUGUGUUGGGCCCACCGGCCCAGCUGGAAGGUUCCCAUCAAGAAGAGAAUCUCGAAGCACCAAGCAACCCAGGAUUAGGUCCGAGGAGGAAAUACCGAGAUGUGGCCGACGCAGCACAAGCAGCCUUUGAAUCGGCGGCUUAUGCCGCAGCUGCCGCCAGAGCCGCGGUCGAGCUGUCCCGUCCCGGACCCUUCGACCCCAGUGGGCCCACGAGAACCGAACACCAAACCUUCGAGAUGAUUGACGAGACUAAGGAAUCAGAAAAUAUCCUCAACACGAAUGAAAAUGCAGCGGCAGCUGAUGAUAAGGGGUCGGUUUCUUGUAGGGGAUUUGAUUCCUCUGAUGAGAAUGCGAAGAGAGACGGAGAGGUUAAGGUACGAGAGAUUGUUUUCGAUGAUGAGAGUGAUGAAGGUCAUGAAGGGUUCAAUAGAGCUGAUAGCGGCGACCCAUGGCCUGCUCUUCGUCAACAUGAGCGACGUCCUCCAGCAGGUGGCGGGGCACCGUCAUUCAGGUACUUUUUGGAUGUUGCGGAGUCGGACAACGACGAGGAGGGUCCGUGGCGUCACGAUGGACGUCAGCGGACUGUGGGCAAUACGGGAGGGCGGCAGGGAGGUCUCGGUGACCGGCGCGGGGGCAUGCGUCCGAUAGAAGGGGGCGAUGCGUCGCGUUGGGAAUCGGGGUUCCGUGUCGACAUCCUCGAGUUCAAUAGUGGUGUUGAUGGGUCCGAUUUCGUUGAUUGGUGGGCUUCGGUGGAAGCGGUUCUUAAAUUCAAAGGUGUGCCGGAUGACCGACGGGUUGCGUUGGUGGCCACUGGUUUUCGAGGUCGAGCGGCUACGUGGUGGAUGCAAUUAACGAGUAUGCGGCAUCGUCAAGGGAGGUCGGAAAUCACGUCAUUGGUGAAAUUUCGCAAACUUGUAGAACGCGCGAAAUGA